AUGUCAACCAGAAGUUUAAUUUCCAUUCCAAGCUUCAGAGGAAACUUCAUCAUUGAAAAAGCAUUCUUACAUAAAGCUCAUGGGAUAUGUCUAUGCCUGGUCGCUUAUGGCUUUCUCCUUGACGAACCUGCUUACAAUGAACAUCUGCGAAUGAAUGACAAGGAAACAAAGAGUCGGAGCAAUUCUGCUGCACAACUGAAUUUGAUCGAGACCAAGCGCGUCAAGGUAUAUCUCAUUCAUGUAUUCUCAAAUAGAAACAAUUUGUGA